UGCUCACGGGGGCGGCUUUUUGGCCCCAAACACUUGCAUCCUUCGGCAUAUAUAACAACCCCCACUAUCCCAUCUCUCUUCCUCCAUCACUCUUCUUUGCUUUCUUAGUUUCUUCGGUUCUUUUACCUUCAAUGAUCUUUGGUGGUCUUGGAAUGGACAAGGAAUCCCCCGAAGAAUUCACAGGGUCUAAUGAUCACUCGCAGUCGCAGAUCGUUAAGGGUAAGCGUACAAAGCGUCAAAGGCCUUUGUCCCCGGUUUCCAUGGCAGUGAACUCUAGCUCUUCCAGUGGUUACGGUGGUGGUAGCAGCGGUGGAGAUGGAGGAGGAGGUGAUAUUUCUUCAUUAAUCCCAUCUCCUACUACCUCUGGUGAAAUAUCUGCUGCAAGCACCCAGGAAGACGAAGACAUGGCCAAUUGCCUAAUUCUUCUGGCUCAAGGUGGAUGGCCAAGAGAAGAAAAAGAAGAGGCUAAGAUUGAACAGUUUAGCAGCCAAAGAUUCACUGAGACAAUCACCACGACAACCGGUAAGGCCGGGUUCUAUGUUUACGAAUGUAAGACCUGUAACCGGACGUUCCCUUCGUUCCAAGCUUUAGGCGGCCACCGAGCGAGUCACAAGAAACCUAAGGUCAUGGUGGAAGAGAAAAAAGUUGCAGUGUUGCCAUUACAUGAUGAUGAUGAUCAGAGUGAAAGGCAAUUCAAUAAGAUCAAGAGUUUUCAUGGUAAUAAACAAUCUAAGAUUCAUGAGUGUUCGAUAUGUGGAUCAGAAUUUUCAACUGGCCAAGCCUUGGGUGGGCACAUGAGGCGACAUAGAACAACUACCACAAGUACUCAAAUCACAAUAGAUGUAGAUAGACUCGAUAAAAUUAAUACCGAGUCAUCACAUGAAGGUGAAAAACCAAGAAAUAUUCUACCAUUGGAUCUUAACCUUCCGGCACCAGAAGAUGAUCUCCCAGAUUCGCAGUUUCAAAUCAAAUCCAACCAACGACAUCUCGUCUUCUCCGCCCCGGCCUUGGUCGAUUGCCAUUACUAGGAACAAAGGGUUAAUACUUGAUAC